AAGAUAGUUUUGCGCCUCCCCACCCAUCCUUGUCCGUUGAUGAGGGCGUCGUGCUCCGGCCGCUCCAUUAUCAGCAGCGGCCGGCGGCUCAUGCUGCCGCGGCCGAACGCCGGCGCCGCUCUUCUCCUUCGGCGUGAUCGCGGACGUGCAGUACGCCGACAUCCCGGACGGCCGGUCCUUCCUCGGCGUGCCGCGCUACUACCGCCACAGCCUGGCCGUCCUCCGGCGGGCGGUCCGGAGCUGGAACGCCCACGGGGGCGUCCGGUUCUGCGUCAACUUCGGCGACAUCGUGGACGGCUUCUGCCCCAGGGACCGGUCGCUGGCGGCGGUGCGCGAGUUCGACGGCUUCCGCGGCGGGCCGGCGUACCACAUGCUCGGCAACCACUGCCUGUACAACCUGCCCCGGAGCGACCUCGUGUCUGAGCUGCGGAUGCCGUCGCCGCCGGGGCGCGCCUACUACGACUUCUCGCCGUGGCCCGGGUACCGCUUCGUGGUGCUGGACGCCUACGACUUCAGCGCCGUGGGCCGGCCGCGGGGUGACCCGGUGGCGGCGGCGGCGCGGCGGUUCCUGGAGGAGCGGAACCCGAACCGCGACAAGAACAGCCCCAGCGGGCUGGAAGGCGCCGCCCGCCGGUUCGUCAUGUUCAACGGCGGCGUGGGCGGCGCGCAGAUGCGGUGGCUGGACGCCGUCCUCCGCGGCGCGGCGGCGCGGGGGGAGAAGGCCGUCGUGUGCAGCCACCUGCCGGUGCACCCGGGCGCGGCGUCGCCCACGGGGCUCAUGUGGAACUACGAGGACGUGGCGGCCGUGGUGCGCCGGCACGAGGGGCGCGUCGUGGCCUGCCUCGCCGGCCACGACCACAGGGGCGGCUACGCCGUGGACGACCGCGGCGUGCACCACCGCACGCUGGAGGCGGCGCUCGAGUGCCCGCCGGGCACCGACGCCUUCGGCCGCGUCGAGGUGUACCCCGACCGCCUCCGGCUCGUCGGCUCCGACAGAAUGGCCACCACGGAGAUGCCGCUCAACUCCUCCUCCAGCUCUAGUGAUGAUGAGUACCAGAUUGGGUGAUCUAUACUAUACCUGCAUGAACAAGACCAAUGUACAAAUCCACUGCAAUGAGAAUGAUUAGCAACUCGUGCAGUUGGCAGUACUGAUUGAAUGAACACUGUUGUGUACCACUUGAAUGUUCUAGUAAUCCUUCACAACUCCUAAAAUUCAGAUG